AUGCAAUUGAUCAUUCCCUUUCUUCGGUAUCAUGCACUAUCGCAUUCUUGUGUUUACUUGUAUGCUCAAAAUGACAGAUUUGCUCUCACACUUCACCGGCUUUGGUAUGUAGGUGCUACCUUUCGAAGGUUAUGGGUGGGUCAAUUUGACCCUGUUUUAAGUGAAAUUACUCUGUCAAUUUCAUACAAUCACGGUUUGGAUGAAGAGUUGGAGAUGAUUUCUUUAGUAUAUCAUUUUUGGGGGAGAAAUGGUUUUUCUAUGCAUCCUUCAGUGCAAAAUAUCACCUUGAAGGAGGCACAAUGCCUUGACGUUAAAAUAACACUGGAUAGGAUAUGGAUAUUGAAAGAUGAUGAAUUGGUUUCACACAUGUUAACAACAAACAAUCGUGAGCAGGUAGAAGCAUUUUCGUAUGCUUUACAAGAAGAAGAAGUUGCUGAGCAGCUGUUUCAAAGUUCAGAACAUCAAGCAGAUGAAAUCUUGCAAAUUGCAUGUUCAAUAUUUUCAUCUUCAAAGGAGGAUGUUGUGCCAUUUGUAUCUUCUAUAUUCCUGCGCAGACUGCUGCUUCCUGGGGUGCAUCAUAAUGUUGCUUUGCAUGCAACACUUGCUGAAUAUAGCAGGCAUUUGCCUGAAUCUGAGUUACAAGCAUUAACUGCUGAUGGACUAAAAAAGGAGGUUCUGUCACUCAUUGAACAUGAGGUUGGUUCUGGAAAGCUGUCUGGACUGCAUUCUUGGAAACGUUUUCUGACCCGCUACUUCUGCAAUUGGUGCAAGAACAAUGCAAUAUACGGCUUGCUUGUUGAUUCUUCUACUCAUGCUGUUGGUUUAAUCAGAAAAAGUUCGGUUUCAAUUUUUCGGUCUUUGGAAUAUUUUGAGAGGAUACUAGAAGGGUCUUCAGAUGAAGUUGAUAGGCUCACACGCGUUCUGGAUUUAGUUGAUGAUGAUCUUGAUUAUGAAAUUGUGGUCGAAUUAUUUAGAUGUGUUAUGAGUUUCAGCCAACAGUUAGGCAAAACUGCCUCCUCUAUUUUUUAUGAAUCAGUUUUAACUCCACCAGUGAUUUCAUCUGAAGACAUUGUUCACUGUAUAGUGAAGAUUCUGGAAACUGGAUCUUGUAUAUCAGGGCCCACCGAGAAGGAGCUUAUGGAUCACAAAAGCUUGAGAAAACUUUCUGCUGAAAUGUUCUUAUCUGUUCAAAGCUUGUACGAAAAGGCUUCUGGAUGGAACAGAAUUUUAAAUGUAAUUGAGGGUUUCUCGAAACUUUUGCUUCCACGGAAAACAGCACAAAAAUUUCAUACUGAAGUGUCAUCAAAUAUAAACUCCUCCAUUAUAGUGCAUGCUACUUAUCAGAUUUCGAAAGUGAUGUUUGAAUCGGCCUGGGAUUUCCUUCUAUUUUCAAGUUAUCUGGUGGACAUCGGUGGUCAGGUCCACUUGUCACAUGAUGAUAUCACCAGAAUACAACGUGAGAUAGUUCCAAUGCUCCUUCAAGAAAUUAUUUUUGGAUGGCUAAUCAUCAACUUCUUUGCCAUCACACCAUCUGCACCAGCUACAACUGAGGAUGUCAAUUCUAAACUUUCAUCAUUACAUAUAGAUUGCAACACGGGGAAACAAUUAUGGAAUGAGAAGCUUGGUAGACACGACAACACAUUGGCUUUUAUAUUGCUGCUAAAUGUUAGUAGUUCAUCAACAGACCAUGGCCACCUUUUAGAAAGAUUUCCAAAUAUGCAGAGCUUUGGUGACAUGAUGAGCGACUUUAUCAGUUGGAUCAGAUGGGGCCAGUCUCGUGAUUUUUCUAUGCUCCCGAGUUGUUCAAUUGAUCUUGCAUUUAUCCUUUUCAAGCAUGGCCAGUAUGAGGCUGUUGAGCAAUUGCUCAUGAUGGUGGAAGCACAUCUUCUAACGCAGAAGACAUCCCGAAGUAGUGAAGAAUCUGAUGGUGGAUGGUGCAUACGCCAUCAUCUUCUAGGAUGCUGCCUCCUUGCACAGGUGCAGUGUGGAUUGCAUACAACACAGAAGGACAUAAAGGUUUUUGAUGCCAUUCGCUGUUUCUUCAGAUCUUCAUCUGGAAAGGGUGCAUCCGAGGCUUUGCAGAGUUUGCCUGAAGAUGUAGGAAUUCCGUAUCUUGGUUUUAGUGGUUGCGCAUCAAUGGCUGCUUGGAAGCUUCAAUACUAUCAGUGGGCUAUGCAGUUAUUUGAACGAUAUAGUAUUAGUGAAGGUGCUUACGAGUUUGCUCUUGCUGCACUUGAACAAGUUGAUGAAGCUAUGGACGAUGAGAAUAACUCGGUUAAUGGAUCCAUUACAACCACAAGGGGCCGACUAUGGGCGAAUGUCUUCAUAUUUGCAUUAGACCUUGGUCGCUAUUAUGAUGCCUAUUGUGCAAUAGUUUCAAAUCCAGAUGAGGAGAGCAAAUACAUCUGCUUGAGGCGUUUUAUAAAUGUCCUUUACGAACAAGGUGCUAUAAAGAUUCUUUGUAGCAAUAAACUUCCCCUUAUUGGGCUAGUGGAAAAGGUAGAGCAAGAGCUUGCUUGGAAGGCUGAACGAUCAGAUAUUUCUGCAAAGCCAAACUUGUACAAGUUGCUUUAUGCAUUUCAAAUGCGUCAGCAUAAUUGGCGACGAGCAGCAAAUUACAUGUAUAUGUAUUCAACUCGUUUGAGAACUGAAGCUGCUUCAAAAGAUUACCAAGGCAGUUCAUUGAUGUUGCAAGAGAAGCUGAAUGCACUCUCCGCUGCUGUCAAUUCACUACACCUUGUUGAUCCUGCAUAUGCCUGGAUUGAACCACCGGCUAAUGGAAGUUCUCUUCUUGGUAAACAUUACCCAAGUAAGAAAGCUAAAAGAACGCCUGAAGAUCAUUCAGCUGAUAAUGAUGCUGAGCCUGAAAGGUGGCAGUCUUGUAUUGAUGUUGAAAAACUCGAGAAUGAGUUUGUGCUAACUUCAGCAGAGUAUAUGCUAUCGCUGGUAAAUGUCAGGUGGACAUUUUCUGGAAAAGAUGGAGCCCUAUCAGAUUUGGCUGAACUUCUUGUCAACAACAAUUUGUAUGAUAUGGCCUUCACAAUCCUUCUCAGAUUUUUCAAGGGUUCAGCACUGAAGAGGGAAUUGGAAAGAGUUUUAUCUGCUAUUUCAUUGAGAUGCUGUCUUGAUAAAGUAGAAUCUAGUUGGGUUGAGGAACAUGGCCAUGGUUCACCUGUUACACAUCACACAACCCCGCAAACUGACGGUAGUAAUUGCUGGGCAACUCUGAAGAUUUACCUUGAAAAAUAUAAGGAAUUUCAUGGGAGAUUGCCUGUUAUUGUUACCGAAACUCUUCUACGUGCAGAUCCUCGGAUUGAAUUGCCCUUUUGGCUGGUUCAGUUGUUCAAGUUGGGACAAAAGGAAAGGAUGUCCGGUAUGAGUGGUGGGGAGUCAAAUCCUUCAUCUUUAUUUCAGCUUUAUGUUAGCUAUGGUCGAUAUACAGAAGCUACUAAUCUUUUGCUCGAGUGCAUACAAUCGUUUGCUCCAGUGAGACCAGCAGAUAUUGUUAGAAGGAAAAAACCCUUUGCUGCUUGGUUCCCAUACACGACAAUCGAGCGCCUACUAUACCAACUUGAGGAAUUGACCAGAAAAGGUCACAUGGUAGAACAAUGGGACGAGCUCAAAAAGAUGCUUCUCAGUUCUUUGCAAAAUCAUCUAAAGACAAUAAACGUGGACUCGAAAGAUGCAAUUAUACUCGCUACGCCUUUUGAUGCCACUUUCUAAAGAUGAUUACCUCUGUUGACUGACGCGUAAUCCACAGCAAGCAGAGCCUUGACACAAUAUUCCAAUGUUAUGAAUGAAAUCAUGGCAGAAAGAGGAUGAUAUUUUCACCACAGAAUGAAGAGUGAAUGAUUGUGCAUCCUUUUUUUAUCCCAUGCUUUCGUUAUGCAUUGGGAAUUUGAAACGAUCCUUUGAACAUUAAUGACUAAGCUUUUAAAUGGCAAGAAGAAAUUGUCGUAAAUGAGAGGCGAAAGGAGACAGUACCUUUAAGAGUCUGCAAAUACUGAAAUUAACGAAUAGCA